CUGAGCCAAGGCAACGCGAUCGUGGGUUUGACAACCUACUUUAGGUUGCUAAGGAGCUUUUGUUGAGUGUGAUAAUGUGGUUGCUGAAUGUCUUGAUAUUUCGUUAAAGCUCCACAGAAAUAGCUUCCUAGUUUUUGAAAAAAUUUAUUAAACCCAAAUCACAAUGGGUCACUCUAAAAAGAAAGCAAAAACUGGUGCAUCUCGCAAGGAUGGAUAUUAUAAACUGGCCAAAGAAAAAGGUUACAGAGCUCGGUCUGCCUUCAAGCUGGUCCAUUUGAACAGCAUCUGUGAUAAUUUCUUCAAGAAUGCCAAAGUUUGCAUUGAUUUGUGUGCAGCACCUGGCUCCUGGAUGCAGGUUGCAAGGGAGUUUAUGCCUCAAGGAUCUGUAAUUGUUGGCGUUGAUCUUCACCCCAUCAAAGCUAUUCCUAAAACUCUUAGUAUCCAAGGGGACAUCACAACACAGUCGCUCAGAGCUGAACUGCGCAACACACUUAAGAACUACAAAGCUGAUGUAGUGCUACACGAUGGUGCUCCAAAUGUUGGCAAGAACUGGACUCAGGAUGCAUACGACCAAAAUGUCCUGGUGCUUCAUGCCUGUAAGCUGGCUUGUGAAUUUUUAAGAUAUGGAGGCCAUUUUGUGACCAAAGUUUUUCGAAGCAAAGAUUCCACUAAACUGGAAUAUGUUUUCAAAAAUCUAUUCAAAGAUAUCAAGUGCACUAAGCCACAAGCCUCACGUUACGAGUCUGCAGAAAUUUUCUAUGUUUGCAAAUUUUACAAAGUUCGACCAGAUGACAAAGUGGACCCUCAGUUCUUUGAUGCCAAGCAUGUAUUUGCUGAGGUCGAGCCUACUGAAGCAAAGAGGGUGAACCUCAACAGACCAGAGAAGGUGAAGAAGAAGAGUGAAGGCUAUGAAGAUGGCGCCGAGAUCCUCUAUUCUGAGUCCACAGUCACCGACUUCAUCGAGAGCACCAGACACGAGGAGCUGCUUCAGAAGACAUCCAAGUUGGUGAUCGAUGAGCGCUGGCAAGACCACCCGAGCCUGACGAAGGAGAUCAUUGCUUGCUGCCAGGACAUCAAAGUGCUGGGCAGGAAGGAGCUUAAGAUGUUGCUUAUAUGGAGGAAAACUCUAAAGGCUGAAUAUGAUGCGCUGAAGAGUUUAGAAAAGGACACAACCAAAGACACAGCAGCCACAGAAACUGCAGGUGAAGCACAAGAAGAUGAGGAUGAGGAGACCAGGAUACGCAAACAAAUACAAGAACUGGAGGACAAGUCACGUGCAGAAGACAGCCACCAGAAGAAGGCUGUGAAGAAGCAGCGCAAGCAGCUGCAGCAAAAGCUGAAGCUCAUGGCGCUCAGCGGCUCUGCUGAAGUUCAGCGGGAUGAAACUCUCUUCAAUAUCAAGGACAUGGAACGAGUUCAAGACCCUGACGUGCUGAUGGCACAGUACGACAAACUGCCCAGCGAUGACGAGGAGGAAGCACUGCCCACCAGGGAGCGCUACAGAAAGACUGACUACGAGCUUGAUGAAAGUGGCACAUAUUACCGACGUGUUGGUGACGUGUCAGACUCAGAGUCGGAGGACGAGACUCCUGAAGCUGGUGAAGGACUCUUCAAGAAAAAGAAGAAGAAGAAAACGAUCCUUAAAAGCGACGGCGUCGAAUUUGUGUCCCAAGAAGACACAUGCAAAUUGCCUAAGAAAUCCGUACGAUUUGCCGAUGAUGAGGACUCGAGUGAUGAUGAUAGUGACUCCAGUGAUAAUGAUGAAGACCUUCAGGAGUUGAGGAAAGGAGAGGAAGAUGAAGGGGAUGAUGAGGAGGCUGCAGGAGAGAAGUUCACCACGGAUCUCAUGGGGGAUGAUGAAGAGGAUCAGAAGGAGCGCACGGCUGAGUCCUGGUUUGCUAAGAACGAGCUGCUGACCAACCUGAUGUCAGAUGAUGAAGAGGACUUGGACUUGGAGGUGUCGGCGGCCAUCAAAUCUUACAAGAGCAAGGGGGGACUUGUGUUGGGCGGGGACGACGCUGAGGACACCCCUGAGUCUGACAGUCUUCUUACUUCAGACAACAACAAGACAAACAAAACAAAGAAACAAGAAAAAUCCGAGCCGCUCAAACCUGAUGCUCAAAAAUCAUCCAAGGACUCCAUGAUGCCUAAAGCUGCGGAGCAAACGGCGGUGGGCGGCGUGGACGGCGCAGGGACGACGAGCAGUAAGAUCACCGCCAAGAGGCUGGCUGACAUGGACGCCGUCGCCCUCGCCCUCGGCACUAAACUCGUCAAGUCUAAGAAAGCCAGGCGCGAGAUAUAUGAUGAUGGCUGGAAUAGGUACAUGGUGGGGGGCGAGGAGGACCUGCCUGCAUGGUUCGUAGAAGACGAGAGGGAGAACAUGGCGCCGGUCUUGGAUGUUGACGAGAGCGACGUGCGCAUGUUCAAGGCACGUGACCGCGCCGUGAACGUCCGUAACCUGAAGAAGGUUAUGGAGGCGAAGGCCCGCAAGCAGCGCAGGUUCAAGAAGACCAUGCAGAAGGUCGUGAAGAAGGCCGAGGCUAUGCAGGGCAGCGGCUUGGGUGACGUCGAGAAGAAGCAGGAAAUUAAGAAUUUGUACAAGAAGGCGAUGAGCAUGACGAAGAAGAGGGAGACCACGUACGUCGUCAUGAGCAAGAGAAACAAAGGCAAGAAGCCGCGCAGCGUCAAGGGGCGCUACAAGCUCGUCGACGCGCGUCUGCGCAAGGACGUGCGCGGCAAAAUGCGCGCAGAUGCACGAAGAAAGAAGUUCACUACGCCCAAGAGACGAAAAUAAUAACUUGCUUAUUAUAUGUAAAGAUAAAA